CAGAAGGCGAGAGAGAGGGAGCAGCUGAGGAGGAUCCCAGGGACCCAGUACUGAUCCCACAGCUGAGCACUGACUGCAGAAAGGACACGGGGGAGCUGCGGCUCUGACAGCAGUCGGGGCAGAAGAGGACCUCUGGGGUGGCACGCGCAGAUCGCGAAUAUCUGUGACCAAGAGAUCUGGUGAAUGGCUACGAAGAGCUCUGCGGUCUGAGUCAACGGACGAAGCCACCGUGGGCCCGGAGACACAGUAUUGACUACAAGCAGGAUCAUCUCAGAAGCUCAACUUGUAAGGAGAGCCUGUAGUUUGUCUGUGCUGACCCCAGGCAGCUGAGCAAAACAUCAUGUCAAGUAAUCGGCCAGUAAAAUCCUUCAAGAAAUCUGCUGUCCCAGGGGUUCUUAUCACCCAGUUUGUGGAUGAUGUUCCAAAAGGAUGCAGUACACCUGAUUUUGAGCGGAAACCGGUUUCUCUGACAUUGCAGGAAGGUAAAAACGCCGUUUUCAGAGCUGUGGUCAAAGGUGUCCCAAGCCCUGACGUGAAAUGGGCACGUGCACAAGGAGGACUGGAUGAUCCUGAAAAAUAUGAAACAUUCUUCAAUAACGCUACAAAUGAAUUCAUUCUGCAGGUAAACAAGAUCACUGCAGGUGACAGUGAUCUGUAUCGUUGCUUCGCUGUGAAUGAGUAUGGGGAAGCUUCAUGCUCUGCUGGCCUCAGGAUCCUACAAGUUGGCUUUAAGAGGAAAGUGAGAUAUGUUCCUGUUCAUGCUGCUGAUGACUUAAAGAAGAAGCUUCAGGACUCCAGGAGGCUGCUGAGGAAGCGGGCCCCAGCACCAAAACCAAAACCCUUGGACAAAGAAGCAGUCUGGCAACUGUUGCUGCAUGCAGACAGGAGAGAUUAUGAGAAAAUCUGUUUGAAAUAUGGAAUUGUUGACUUCCGUGGGAUGCUGAGAAGGCUGCAGGAGAUAAGGAAGGACACAGAGAGUGAACAAGGAGAGUUUAUAAACAGUGUUAAAAACUUUGAACACAUCAAAGUCAACAAGGAGGGAAAAGCUACAUUCUCUCUGGAGAUGGACCUGAAAAGCAGUAAAAGCAAAGUUCAUCUGCUUAAGGAUGGUGUGAGGCUCAGAUAUGGAAUGGGGGAUGGAUACAGAAAGCACGACCUGAGGCGAAUUGGCAAGAAGUACAAUUUCAUUAUCAACGACGUGCAGCCAGAAGAUGCAGGCUUGUAUCAAGUCAGAGUGGAGGACGUACCUGUUUUCUCAACUGAACUGGAAGCUGAAGCCAUCCCUGUGAGAUUUGAGCGGCCACUCAGUGACAUGCGUUGUCCUGAGGAUGAAGAUGCUGUCUUUGAGUGUAUCCUGCGCACGCCCUGCUACGAUGCUGUGUGGCUACACAAAACCCACGUCCUCGAGGCAAGUGAGAAGCACCAGAUCUCCGUAACACCCGACGGGCUGAACCAUCAGCUCAUUAUCAAAAACGUUGCGCCCUCUGACAACGGCAUGUACACGCUCGACACUGGACUCUGCUCCUCAAAUGCCUGGCUUAUCGUAGAGUAUGCCAAAGGAAAGAGGAGACAGGAUGAAGGAGGUGAAAGAGAGAAAUUUAAGUGGCAAAAAGAAACAUUGCCAGAUAUAGAUGGGGCUAAGAAACUUCGACACAGAGAGCAUCUUGGUGAUGAAGACCAUCUUAUGGACACUGGCAUGGAAAAUGAUGGCUGGUACAGAAACGAUCAAGACGGCAGUCUAGGCCACUACACUGAUGAUGAUGGAAGCCAUAGAUUUUUGGGAAAAGAGAGGCUACGCAAAGUCGACAGGAAUGAAAAGAUGGGGCUUGGGCAGUUUUCUGGAGCAGACCUAGAUGGAGAGUCAGUGGAAAAUGCUGGUAGUAUCUUUGGGUUUAAGGGCUUUGGAGGCAAAAGUGGAUUAAAGCCUAUCCAUGGCAAGGAUUCUAUGACAGGCAGCGCAGAUACUGGUGAUGAAUUACAAGGAGCAGGUGAAAGGUAUUCUGUGGGUGGCAGAGAUCAUGGUAUGCUGGAUGCUGUUAACAUUGACAUGGAUGAUGGAGAAGGUGUGGGCUCUCAGCAUGACAAGGAUGGUAAAUUAGGUGAUACUAGUUACAGAGCUGGCGUUGGGGGUAUUGGAAGAUUAGGUGCUACUGAUGGAAGUUCUGAGUUAGAUGGACUUGAUCCAGAUUCAACUGGAGUGGGACAUGGUAAGGGUGAUCAAUUCAGUAGGACUGGUCCAGGGACUGGAGCUAGAAAGAAUGCUGCAGGUACAGAGACCGCGGGAAGAAUGGGGUUCCCCUAUGGCAGGGACGGUCUGCCGACUGAAGUCGAUAUGAAUGGAGCAAGUUUAAACAGAGAGGGACAAAUAGGGACACCCUAUGGCAAGGAUGGCCUGCCACUUCAUGCUAGCAGUCAUUUAGGUCGGUCAGGAAGGUCUGGCUUGCUGUAUGGCCCAGGUGGUCUUCCAGCUGGAGAUGGGGUGAUAACUGGUGCAGGUGACAGUACUAUAGGGGAAAUGGAGGCCUUAUAUGGUCCAGAUGGUCAGCAUGUUGGAGCAGGUGGUGCUGGUGUAGCUGGUGCAGGGGGAGUUGGGUCUCCCUAUGGCAAGGAUGGUCUCCCAGUUGGCGGUGGCAUUGGUGGUGCUGGUGUAGCUGGUGCAGGAGGAGUUGGGUCUCCCUAUGGCAAGGAUGGUCUCCCAGUUGGCGGUGGCAUAGGUGGUGCUGGUGUAGCUGGUGCAGGAGGAGUUGGGUCUCCCUAUGGCAAGGAUGGUCUCCCAGUUGGCGGUGGCAUUGGUGGUGCUGGUGUAGCUGGUGCAGGAGGAGUUGGGUUCCCCUAUGGCAAGGAUGGUCUCCCAGUUGGUGGUGGCAUUGGUGGUGCUGGUGUAGCUGGUGCAGGAGGAGUUGGGUCUCCCUAUGGCAAGGAUGGUCUCCCAGCUGGAGCAGGCUUUGGUGGUGCUGGUGUAGCCGGUGCAGGAGGAGUUGGGUCUCCCUAUGGCAAGGAUGGUCUCCCAGCUGGAGCAGGCUUUGGUGGUGCUGGUGUAGCUGGUGCAGGAGGAGUUGGGGUUCCAUAUGGCAAGGAUGGUCUCCCAGUUGGUGGUGGCGUUGGUGGUGCUGGUGUAGCUGGUGCAGGAGGAGUUGGGUCUCCCUAUGGCAAGGAUGGUCUCCCAGCUGGCGGUGGCUUUGGUGGUGCUGGUGUAGCUGGUGCAGGAGGAGUUGGGUCUCCCUAUGGCAAGGAUGGUCUCCCAGCUGGAGCAGGCUUUGGUGGUGCUGGUGUAGCUGGUGCAGGAGGAGUUGGGUCUCCCUAUGGCACGGAUGGUCUCCCAGCUGGCGGUGGCUUUGGUGGUGCUGGUGUAGCUGGUGCAGGAGGAGUUGGGGUUCCAUAUGGCAAGGAUGGUCUCCCAGCUGGAGCAGGCUUUGGUGGUGCUGGUGUAGCCGGUGCAGGAGGAGUUGGGUCUCCCUAUGGCAAGGAUGGUCUCCCAGUUGGCGGUGGCAUUGGUGGUGCUGGUGUAGCUGCUGCGGGAGGAGUUGGGUCUCCCUAUGGCAAGGAUGGUCUCCCAGUUGGCGGUGGCAUUGGUGGUGCUGGUGUAGCUGGUGCAGGAGGAGUUGGGGUUCCAUAUGGCAAGGAUGGUCUCCCAGCUGGAGCAGGCUUUGGUGGUGCUGGUGUAGCCGGUGCAGGAGGAGUUGGGUCUCCCUAUGGCAAGGAUGGUCUCCCAGUUGGCGGUAGCAUUGGUGGUGCUGGUGUAGCUGGUGCAGGAGGAGUUGGGUCUCCCUAUGGCAAGGAUGGUCUCCCAGCUGGAGCAGGCUUUGGUGCUACUGGUGUAGCUGGUGCAGGAGGAGUUGGGUCUCCCUAUGGCAAGGAUGGUCUCCCAGCUGGAACAGGCUUUGGUGGUGCUGGUGUAGCUGGUGCAGGAGGAGUUGGGUCUCCCUAUGGCAAGGAUGGUCUCCCAGCUGGAGCAGGCUUUGGUGGUGCUGGUGUAGCUGGUGCAGGAGGAGUUGGGUCUCCCUAUGGCAAGGAUGGUCUCCCAGUUGGCGGUGGCAUUGGUGGUGCUGGUGUAGCUGGUGCAGGAGGAGUUGGGUCUCCCUAUGGCAAGGAUGGUCUCCCAGCUGGAGCAGGCUUUGGUGGUGCUGGGGUAGCUGGUGCAGGAGGAGUUGGGGUUCCAUAUGGCAAGGAUGGUCUCCCAGUUGGUGGUGGCGUUGGUGGUGCUGGUGUAGCUGGUGCAGGAGGAGUUGGGUCUCCCUAUGGCAAGGAUGGUCUCCCAGCUGGCGAUGGCUUUGGUGGUGCUGGUGUAGCUGGUGCAGGAGGAGUUGGGUCUCCCUAUGGCAAGGAUGGUCUCCCAGCUGGCGGUGGCUUUGGUGGUGCUGGUGUAGCUGGUGCAGGAGGAGUUGGGUCUCCCUAUGGCAAGGAUGGUCUCCCAGCUGGCGGUGGCUUUGGUGGUGCUGGUGUAGCUGCUGCGGGAGGAGUAGGAUCUCCCUAUGGCAAGGAUGGUCUCCCAGCUGGAGCAGGCUUAGGUGGUGGUGGCAUUGGUGGUGCAGGAGGAGUUGGGUCUCCCUAUGGCAAGGAUGGUCUCCCAGCUGGGGCUGGCAUUGCUGGUGUAGCUGGUGCAGGAGGAGUUGGGUCUCCCUAUGGAAAGGAUGGUCUUCCAGCUGGGGCUGGCAUUGCUGGUGUAGCUGGUGCAGGGGGAGUUGGGUCUCCCUAUGGCAAGGAUGGUCUCCCAGUUGGCGGUGGCAUUGGUGGUGCUGGUGUAGCUGGUGCAGGAGGAGUUGGGUCUCCCUAUGGCAAGGAUGGUCUCCCAGCUGGAGCAGGCUUUGGUGGUGCUGGUGUAGCUGGUGCAGGAGGAGUUGGGUCUCCCUAUGGCAAGGAUGGUCUCCCGGUUGGCGGUGGCAUUGGUGGUGCUGGUGUAGCUGGUGCAGGAGGAGUUGGGGUUCCAUAUGGCAAGGAUGGUCUCCCAGUUGGCGGUGGCAUUGGUGGUGCUGGUGUAGCUGGUGCAGGAGGAGUUGGGGUUCCAUAUGGCAAGGAUGGUCUCCCAGCUGGAGCAGGCUUUGGUGGUGCUGGUGUAGCUGGUGCAGGAGGAGUUGGGUCUCCCUAUGGCAAGGAUGGUCUCCCAGUUGGCGGUAGCAUUGGUGGUGCUGGUGUAGCUGGUGCAGGAGGAGUUGGGUCUCCCUAUGGCAAGGAUGGUCUCCCAGUUGGUGGUGGCAUUGGUGGUGCUGGUGUAGCUGGUGCAGGAGGAGUUGGGGUUCCAUAUGGCAAGGAUGGUCUCCCAGCUGGAGCAGGCUUUGGUGGUGCUGGUGUAGCCGGUGCAGGAGGAGUUGGGUCUCCCUAUGGCAAGGAUGGUCUCCCAGUUGGCGGUAGCAUUGGUGGUGCUGGUGUAGCUGGUGCAGGAGGAGUUGGGGUUCCAUAUGGCAAGGAUGGUCUCCCAGCUGGAGCAGGCUUUGGUGGUGCUGGUGUAGCUGGUGCAGGAGGAGUUGGGUCUCCCUAUGGCAAGGAUGGUCUCCCAGUUGGCGGUAGCAUUGGUGGUGCUGGUGUAGCUGGUGCAGGAGGAGUUGGGUCUCCCUAUGGCAAGGAUGGUCUCCCAGUUGGCGGUGGCAUUGGUGGUGCUGGUGUAGCUGGUGCAGGAGGAGUUGGGGUUCCAUAUGGCAAGGAUGGUCUCCCAGCUGGAGCAGGCUUUGGUGGUGCUGGUGUAGCUGGUGCAGGAGGAGUUGGGGUUCCAUAUGGCAAGGAUGGUCUCCCAGCUGGAGCAGGCUUUGGUGGUGCUGGUGUAGCUGGUGCAGGAGGAGUUGGGUCUCCCUAUGGCAAGGAUGGUCUCCCAGCUGGAGCAGGCUUUGGUGGUGCUGGUGUAGCCGGUGCAGGAGGAGUUGGGUCUCCCUAUGGCAAGGAUGGUCUCCCAGCUGGAGCAGGCUUUGGUGGUGCUGGUGUAGCUGGUGCAGGAGGAGUUGGGGUUCCAUAUGGCACGGAUGGUCUCCCAGCUGGCGGUGGCAUUGGUGGUGCUGGUGUAGCUGGUGCAGGGGGAGUUGGGUCUCCCUAUGGCAAGGAUGGUCUCCCAGUUGGCGGUGGCAUUGGUGGUGCUGGUGUAGCUGGUGCAGGAGGAGUUGGGUCUCCCUAUGGGAAGGAUGGUCUCCCAGUUGGCGGUGGCAUUGGUGGUGCUGGUGUAGCUGGUGCAGGAGGAGUUGGGUCUCCCUAUGGCAAGGAUGGUCUCCCAGUUGGCGGUGGCAUUGGUGGUGCUGGUGUAGCUGGUGCAGGAGGAGUUGGGUCUCCCUAUGGCAAGGAUGGUCUCCCAGUUGCCGGUGGCAUUGGUGGUGCUGGUGUAGCUGGUGCAGGAGGAGUUGGGUCUCCCUAUGGCAAGGAUGGUCUCCCAGCUGGCGGUGGCUUUGGUGGUGCUGGUGUAGCUGGUGCAGGAGGAGUUGGGUCUCCCUAUGGCAAGGAUGGUCUCCCAGCUGGCGGUGGCUUUGGUGGUGCUGGUGUAGCUGCUGCGGGAGGAGUAGGAUCUCCCUAUGGCAAGGAUGGUCUCCCAGCUGGAGCAGGCUUAGGUGGUGCUGGUGUAGCUGGUGCAGGAGGAGUUGGGGUUCCAUAUGGCAAGGAUGGUCUCCCAGUUGGUGGUGGCUUUGGUGGUGCUGGUGUAGCUGGUGCAGGAGGAGUUGGGUCUCCCUAUGGCAAGGAUGGUCUCCCAGUUGGCGGUGACAUUGGUGGUGCUGGUGUAGCUGGUGUGGGAGGAGUUGGUUCUCCCUAUGGCAAGGAUGGUCUCCCAGCUGGGGCUGGCAUUGCUGGUGUAGCUGGUGCAGGAGGAGUUGGGUCUCCCUAUGGCAAGGGUGGUCUCCCUGCUGGCGCUGGCAUAGCUGGUGUAGCUGGGGCAGGGGGAGCUGGGUAUCCUUAUGGCAAGGAUGGUCUCCCAGCUGGUGCUGAUUUUGCUGGUACAGGUGGAUUCAGCUCUGUAUAUGGCAAGGAUGGUCUCCCAGUUGGUGGUGGCAUUGGUGGUGCUGGUGUAGCUCUUUCGGGAGGAAUUGGGUCUCCCUAUGGAAAGGAUGGUCUUCCAACUGGGCCUGUGGCAGGAGGUGCUCGUUUUCCUUUUGGAGCUGAAGAAGUAAUGGGAUCUCGCCAUGGCAGGGAUGCAAUGCUGAGCAGAGGUCAAGGGUAUAGAGGUGGAGCUGGAGGAGAUGGCUUUUCCUCAGAAGGUGGUGGUGUUGGUGGCUCUGCAAUUCGGGGACCUGGGUCUCCCUAUGGCAAGGGCAGUGGGUCAGAUGGAGCCAGGGCUGGUGCGGGUGGUGUUGGCAGGUUGGGAGGUGAUGAAAGGGAUUUCCAUGGUAAGGAAGGUGUGGUAGGUGGACGAGGUGGUGAACGUGGUCUGGAUUCACAUCCUGGCAAAUCUUUUAUGGGAGGUGAAACUGGAAAGGGCACUGCCAGUGAUUUCAGAGGAUCAGGGCACAAAGGUUCAUCUGCUGACAGAGAUUCACUUUCAGGUCAAGGAGAUGGCAGAGGGAAGGGCAGAGAUUUAGGACAGUUAGGCUCCCUUCAUGGCAAAAAUUCUGCCUUUGAAGGGGAAGGGAGUAAUUAUCAUAACAGAGCUGCUGAUGGGAGGAAUUCAGGUGGUUUUAGUCAAGGUUCAUUGGAUUAUGGUCAGAUGUCAGAUCUUUAUGGUGGACCUCCUUCAAUAAACCAGAGAAAAGAGGAACCCGGCCUUGAUAUGAAAGCAAAUGAUUUCUUGAUCAAUGCAGAAAGUAUUGGAAAAAGAAGACGUUAUUGCCUAGAUGAUCUGAAAGCACCACGCUGUCGUCUCGACAAACACUUAUUUGAUGUCAGAGUCCUGAAAGGCGAACCAGCUGAGCUGUCUUGCACUGUCAGUAAACAUGACGUGACAGGAACCUGGUUUAAAGAUGGAUUAAAGUUAACCAGCAUGGAUGGAGUCUAUUUCGAAAAAGAAGGUCUAGUCCACAAACUAAUUAUUAACAAAGUGGAAGAUAUUCACGCUGGGAGAUACAGGUUUGAAGGUGGAGAUGUAAAAACGGAAGCUUCAAUUUUUGUUGAAGAUCCUCCACAGGUUGACAAAGUUCUCCUCAAAAACUUAUCGAGUGUGCCUACUGUGGCCAAGGCAGGGGAGAAAGUAAAGAUCAAAAUCCCUUUCGAGGGCCGGCUGCCAGUCAGAGCGACGUGGCUAAAGGACAGAAUGGAGCUAAUAGAUGACACAAGGAUUCGCGUUGAUAAAACAGAGACCUUUACCAUGCUGUCCAUCGCCAGCAGUGAGAGAAAGGACUGUGGGGAUUACAAAGUCAGGCUGAAGAAUGACAGUGGGGUCCUGGAGAUCGACUUAAAGCUUGUGGUAACAGACAAGCCACAGCCGCCUGCAGGACCCAUCAAAAUUGUGGAAAGCUCUGCAAACGACAUCACCAUUCAGUGGAAUCCCCCAAAGGAUGACGGGGGCAAACCAGUGCAAAGCUACAUUAUCGAGAGGCAGCAGGUAGGCAAGAGCGACUGGGUGACUUUGGGAGAAACCCCCAAGAGCUGCACUACCUUCACUACUAACAAAGUGGAACAAGACGUGAGCUACUACUUCAGGGUGAGAGCUGUGAAUGCCGAGGGCACUAGUGACGCGCUGGAAUCAGAUGAAGUGAAGGCUGUCAGUAAAGCUUCACCUGGUGCCCCAGAUCCCCCUGAGAUUGUCAGUGCCAGCAGAGACACCAUCACAAUAUCCUGGAAAAUGCCUCGUAAAACUGGCAGUUCCCGAAUUGUGGGAUACAUCGUUCAGAAACGCAAGAAGGGUACCACGACCUGGCUGCCAGUCAACAAUGUGCCUAUAGCGGACAGGAAGCUGAAGAUGACCAGUCUCAAGAAAGGUCUGCAGUAUGAAUUUCGCGUGGCAGCUGUCAAUGCUGCUGGCAUAGGAGAUGCCAGUGAACCAUCACAGCCUGCGUUUGCACGGGAUUCCACGAAAUCCCCAGGUCAAGUGCAGGACCUUAAAGUGAGCAGCAGUGACAGCACUAGUGUCACCUUGACAUGGAAGAGACCUGAAGCAAAAGAAGGAAGUGACGUGAACGGCUACGAGGUGGAGAUGCGGUCUUCUAACAACCUCAACUGGACCAAAUGCAACGCUCUUCCCAUAGAGGUGACCACUUACACAGUUAAAGGCCUCCUAGCCAAGGAGAGGUACUUCCUACGGGUGAGAGCCCUCAAUGACAGUGGUCCAGGAGAAGCUGCAGAGGUUGAAGCUUUCAUCGAAGCUGCUGCCCCUGUAGUUCCUCCCAGGUUCCUAAUAGAUGACACCGUGAAAAGCUUCCUAGUUAUAAAAGCAAGAAGUACCAUCCGAGUGAAUAUUCCCUUUGAAGCAUCUCCAGAUCCAGUGGUGACCUGGUUAAAGGAUGGGCUUCCUCUUCCAGACCAGGCUGCAGUACACACCAAAGAUGGUACCACCCAGCUGCUGAUUGGAGCUGCUGAGUACACUGACACCGGCACCUACACCAUUGAGCUCCAGAACGGGUUAGGGAAAAGAGAAACAUUCAGCUUCCAAAUUCAAGUUACAGACAUCCCGCAACCGCCUGGACCUAUUCAAUUGCAAGAGAAUGUUCCAAAUACAGUAACAGUGACCUGGAUGCCGUCAGCAUCUGAGAAAUGGGAAAGUAAUCUCUACUACACAGUCCUGAAACGCGAAUCACAGAAGGGCUUGUGGCAUGUGGUGGGUGACCUCAUCUACACCAACAAGUUCACAUUCACCAAACUGAUCCCAGGCCGGGACUACUACUUUAGGGUUGUGGCUAAAAAUAGCUUGGGAGCCAGUGGUCCGUCUGAAACUGUGCAGCCUUGGAGAAUUCGAAAACCAAAGGUUGAAUGUCAAGUCAAACCACAGAUAUACAAAGGAGUGAAUCAAAACCAGCCCCCGAGAUUCCUCGUCCCAUUGAAGCCUCAUGUGGUGACCACUGGGAGCGAGUGCCAUAUGAGCUGUGCGGUUGGAGGCCACCCACCUCCGAAGGUCACAUGGUACAAGGACAAUAGAGACCUCUCCAGUGAUCCUUCCUAUUUUUGCACAAACGACUUUGGCGUCUGCUCCCUGGUUGUCCUAGGUGUCACAAAACAUGAUGAAGGAGAAUAUAUGGUAGAAGCCACUAAUGAAGUGGGCCGUGCAUUCACCAAAGCCUUCCUCACUAUUAAAGACUCCACCCUGUAGCGUGACCUUCCUGAGAACAUCUCUGCUCUGCUGUGCAAAUGAGAAGGUUUUCACUGAGAACUGGCUCUGUACGAAGGCUAUGUAUUUAUUUCCAGAUGCGCAUUAUAGCCUGAGUGUUUCAUUUUUCAGAUCCAGUAGUUGCAUUUGGAACAUGAUGCUGCAUUGUAGUCAAAACGGGGAAAAAAUGCUUUAAGAGAAUUGUGUCUUUUCAUAAUGAACACGGCUUUCCAUUAGACCUUUAAAACACAGAUGAGAAGCUUCAGGAACACAGAAGAUGAGAGGAAAAAUAAUUGGCCAAAAUGAAACGUUCCAUGGAGACGCAGGCAUGAGAGAUCAAUCUGCCACACCACUCACCUGCUGUGGGCUGCAACAAGGCUAUUUCUUAACACCAGAGAUGUAUGAAGCUGGCCUUUUAGCGUGUGGCUUUCUAAUCCGAAGCAAUCAUUUUAGUUUCCGUAUAAUUCUCAGCAGGUUUCCUAAUUCUGGUAGAAGCAGUUCUGCAUGUAUUCCACUACCAGUAGCAGCUAAGUAUAUUAUUUCCCUUAACCUCUACGUUGAAAAGAGUAUCUGCCUGCUAGUUUUAUCUGGGCAAGAGAUAAAUUCUUCAAGUAGGCUAACACGGGGUAGUGCUACUCCCAGCGAACAUGCAUUGAUGGGAAUGAAAAUGGAGAUCUAGAACCAGUUGUGUUAGUGUGAGCUGUACUUAAAAAACCUGCUAUGGCACGUGCUGCAAAAAAAGGAUAUAUCAGUCCUAAACUACCACAUUAGUAUCCCCUUUGAAACAUAACUGCCCCUGCCUCGUGACAUUGCUAGAGUGUUUUUGCCUGAUGCAAAAAGAGGUUAAAAGUCUUUCAUGUUUGACCAGAAAUACGAGGUACCACCGGAGAUCCUCUGCCACGGCUGGGGGAUUCCACCGCUGAGCGGAGAAGGAGACUGGAAAGCAAAAAUGUUAUGGUGACUGUCCGAACGUAGAGCAUUGUAGCCUUAGCACCAAAGGUACUUUGAUGACAGCAUCUAGAAGACAGGAGAGCAUAGAUCAGAGACUCAAAGCCACUGGAUCCUCAGGCAGCCAGUCAAACAUUUAUGUGGGGCUGAAAUGUUCUUUUUGAUUAUAUUUUGUACAAUGUUGUACAGACCUAGCAACAGUAGAUGAUGAAAUUAAACCAUGGUUCAGUAAAAUCUA